AUGAUAUACGGGUCUGGUUGUCUUGGAGGUGCAACUGAUGUUUGUGCUACAGUGGCUGAAGUUGGUCUAUCUUACACACUUGGAAUUAUUCCUGGAUACUCUUUUGGAGAUGCAAACACCUGCUCCACAAUAUUCUCCUGCCCGUUGGGUACGACAUCACAAGUGAAACUACCAAUUACUGGCAAUAUUGUUCCUGGUCCGCCACUUGUCAUCGCAUGGUGUCAAGAAACUGGAGCAAAUGCUGGAACUUGGUAUUAUGGUAUACCUCCAGCUGUCAUACCAGUCGAAAUUGUGGCAACACAAUGUCAAGGAAUUGUUUCUGGGUAA